GAAGAGAGAAAAACCAACGGCUCUUUUAAGAGCCACCUACGUUUUUGCAGAAAGAACAAGUUUUUUGGUGGUGAAAUUAAUUAGGCUUUAUAAUUUUAUAGUAGCUUCAUGAUUGUUUUAUGUAAAUUGUAAAGCAAUUAAAACUGAGGAAUUCAAUAUUCUAUUCCAUGUUUUUUUUUUUUUUCUAUGAUUGUGCUUUACAGUUAAACUAAAAUUUAAUAGGUUCUUAGACGCGUUAUUGUGCAGUUUUUGUUUUUCUUUAAUGUAGUGUAUUAACGCUUGUUCUUACAUUCAUAUAUGCAUGUCUUUUAAUGUAAGUAUAGUGUGUUCUUGAUCACAUUCACGUUGAUUAAUAAACAAGUUGUUUCUGCUUCUAAAUAAACGUUAAAAUACAGAAACUCCAGCGUGCGUAGAUAAAAAGCUUAUUAAAUUAUUCACACAAUAUUUCAGUGGGGGAUGGUAUUUGUCGAUGGGUGUGAUUAACAUUUCAAGCUUCUGAUUGGCUCGCCUACAAGUCAAGGAACGUUUAAGGUGGCCAAUGAAACCGUUCUAUGGGUGGGGCCACAAAGACUCACAAUCACAGAAGGCCGUUCUUCCCUUUUGAAAUUAGCAUAGGGCAGUGUAUAAUACCCCGCCUCUAACAUUAAAGUGUUAUUGUUGUUUGUGUGUGUCUGACCGAAGCACUAUGCCUGAACCAGCGAAAUCUGCGCCCAAAAAGGGAUCGAAGAAGGCCGUCACUAAAACUGCCGGUAAGGGUGGAAAGAAGCGCAAGAGGUCCAGGAAGGAGAGUUACGCUAUCUACGUGUACAAAGUCCUGAAACAGGUUCAUCCCGACACCGGAAUCUCCUCCAAGGCGAUGGGAAUCAUGAACUCUUUCGUCAACGACAUCUUCGAGCGCAUCGCCGGUGAAGCGUCUCGUCUCGCUCACUACAACAAGCGCUCCACCAUCACAUCGAGAGAGAUCCAGACCGCCGUGCGUCUGCUUCUGCCCGGUGAACUGGCCAAACACGCCGUGUCUGAGGGCACAAAGGCUGUGACCAAAUACACCAGCUCAAAGUAAAGCGAUGUCUGAUCUGAUCAGAGAACCCAAAGGCUCUUUUAAGAGCCACCCAUAUUGUCUUUAAAAAGAGCCUUGAUCUUAACAGUUCUUUAACUUUUUUUUUUUUUUUUUUUUUUGAAAACCGUAUACGAGUCCGUCACUGUUUACUGCUGUUAAGCAUCAGUCUGGUUUAGCAGAUGAACUUGAAUAUAUGGUUGCACUUUAUUUUACAGUACAUGUACUGUAUUACAUGUAUUAUUUUAUAGUGUACUUAAGAAAAUACUAGGUAAUGUAAGGUAACUAUUUAGCAUUUCUACAUCUUACCAUCUUGAAUUCUCCAUAUUCUUCAUCUUGCCACCUGUUUGCCACCUGUUGGAGUUUGGGUUCCUUGCCGCUGUCGCCUUUGGCUUGCUUAGUUGGGGACAUUUGAUAUUCAACAGUGCUUUGCAUCUGCCUACAUUGACAGCAUUUUCUUUAAGAGCUGCUGUGCAGCCAAAAUUAUAUACCAUUUAUCACUGUAAAGCUGCUUGACACAAUCUGCAUUGUAAAAAGCGCUAUAUAAAUAAAGGUGACUUGACUAUUACAUAAAUACGCCAGCAGGUGGCGAAAAAGAGUGUCUUGUGUGUUAU